UAUUGUGGAUGGCCGAGGGUCUUUUGCAACAGCCGAGGGGGGGAAGCACUUUAGAAGAAGUUGGCCAUGAAUAUUUUAGUGAUUUAGCAUCAAGAUCUUUUUUCAACCUUCUCAUAAUGCUUAUGAAACUUCAUUUGUAAUGCACAAUCUGGUGCAUGAUUUAGCAACAUUCUAUGGUGAAAAGUUCUAUUUUAGAACCUUUGAAGUCAAGAAUGUACUCAAGCACGAUAUCAAAACUCGUCAUUUGUCGUAUGUUUUGCGCAACAAGGAUUCAGUCUCAAAGAUCCUGGAAGUAUGUGAUAGUUUAAAGCAUGCAAGGACAUUGCUGCAAGUCUAUUUGAAUACAUAUCAUGGAUUCUCAGAGGGAAUAGUCGUUCCUUGUGAGUUACUAGAACAAUUGAAGUGCUUACGAGUUUUGUCAUUUAAAUUUUGUUCAGAUGAUGAAAACUUGUUGCAUCGCUCAAUUGGUGAAUUGAUCCAUUUGCGUUAUUUGGAUCUUUCAUACACAUCCAUCGUGACUUUGCCCGAGUCUUUAAGUUGCUUGUACAAUUUACAAACCUUGAAGUUGAGAAAGUGUAGAAAACUUAAAAAGCUUCCUAGCAAGAUGCAAAAUCUUGUGAAUUUGCGUCAUCUUGAUGUUUCUGAAACUGGUUUGGAAGAGAUGCCAAAAAAGAUGAGCAAAUUAAAAGAUUUGCAAUUUUUAAGUGACUAUAUUGUGGGCAAACAUGAAGAGAAUGGGAUUGGAGAAUUGGGAGAGCUAGCACAUCUUCAUGGCUCAUUUUGUAUUGAGAAACUAGAGAAUGUUAAGAAUAGUGGUGAAGCAUCGAAUGCAAGGAUGGAUGAAAAAAUACACCUGAAUGCUUUGGAAUUGAGGUGGUCAUCAUUUGAAGAAAGUGAGGUUUGUGAUUCCCAAAGUGAAAAAGAUGUACUUGACAAAUUACGUCCUCACAAAGACUUGAAGGUACUAUGGAUAUUGGGUUACAGAGGUACGAUGUAUCCGGAUUGGGUAGGGCAGUCUUCGUACCACAACAUGACUGAGUUGGAGCUGAGUGGAUGCAGGAAUUGUUGGGUGCUUCCUUCACUUGGACAGUUACCCGCUCUAACGAGAUUGCUGAUUUCAGGUUGUGAUAAGCUGAAGAAGAUUGAUGACUCAUUCUAUAAGGGUGAUGGAACUCGUCAGCAUCAGGAGACACCCUUCCGAUCCCUUAAAUAUCUCAGUAUUAAAGGAAUGCCUUGCUUGGAGGAAUGGGAGUCAUAUGAAUGUGAUGAUGAUGAUGAUGCACCAUUUCCUCAACUUGAGACACUUGAGAUAUGGGAUUGUCCUAAGUUAAGAGGAGAUUUGCCCACUUUCCUUCCGUCUUUGAAAUCACUUUGGAUUUCAGUAUGCGAGCAGCUUGGUUGUUAUGUGCCAAGAGCUCCCAUCAUUCGCGAAUUAAGAAUAUAUGGCACACAGGAAGCAAGAUUGCGGGACCUACCACUUUCCAUGUUGGAGGAACUAUGGGUUAAUGGAGAGCAGCAGGUGGAGUAUGUGUUUGAGGCCAUGACCCACACCCAACCAACCUCUCUCAUAGAACUAAGGAUCUCAGAGUGCUCAUCAGCCAUAUCAUUUCCAGAGGAUUCUUUGCCCCCUUCAUUGAAAGAGCUGUACAUCAUGGAUUGCAAGAAUGUAGAAUUCCCAAUGCAACACCAACAACAUCACUCGCUACAGGGAUUAGAAAUAGACAACAGCUGUGAUUCGCUUACAUCCUUCGCAUUCCCAGCGUUCCCGAAUCUCAAUGAUCUGAGAAUAGAAAGAUGUGAAAAUUUGACAUCUCUGGAGCUGUCAGAGUCACAGUCCCUCCAAUACUUAUUCAUUUCAGAAUGCCCUAAGCUGGAGAACAUAAUAAGGCUGCCUGCCUCUGCAAGGGAACUCUACAUCUGGGAAUGUCCGAUGUUGGGUGAAGGCAUAGAGAGGAAGGACCCCCACAUUUGGCCAUCCAUUUCCCACAUCCCUGAAAUUUAUGUUGAUAGAAAAGAGAUUCGCAAUGACUCAACAUCUUAAAACAGGGACAUUGAAUGAUUCUUCUGGGACUUGUCAGUUUAAUGCAGUUCGGUUGUGCACCUCCAUUCUUCUACUUUUGCACCAUGCCUUGUCUGACACCCAAAUGGAAGGCCUUUCAUUACCUUUCUUCCUGUUGCUCCUGCUUGCUUGCCCGUGGCCUUUGUUGGAUUUGCUGAAUUCAUGGAAGACACCAUCCUCAUACAAAAUCAAAAGUAGAAGUAGAUGAUGUAGAACAGAAUUUCGCUAAGACCGAUAGAUCAAUCAAAAUGCAACAAGAGCACCUUCAAUGAUAAGGAUACAGUUGGAGCAGCCUGUCAAAAAUAGGCAGAAAGUGUACAAACUUGCAAUGUUAAAAGAAAAAAGAGUUUUCAUGUCUUCAUCAUUUCAUUCUAUUUUAGGAUAGCUGAUAUGAGUUAUUGUAUUUAUAAGAAAGAGAAAGCUUAGAAAGUGUGUAUCAAUUUCUGUCAUGCUAGGAUGUGAGAACAUCAAGAAAAAGCCAUGUGUGGCAUUUGAGAAAUUUGUUUUUGUAUUUGGCUUGAAUUGGUAUUUGUAACUUGAAUUUGUUUAUAGUGAAAAGUUCUACCAUUUGUUAUGGUGGAGACUGGAUGUAGAUCCCAUUUUGGGAUUGAACCAGGAUAUAUCGUGAUGUUCAUCUUCUCUAUUACAGCUUUCAUUCACAAUAUCA